GGGGAACCAGUUGGUGGGCACAUCUUGAGCUACCUCCUGGAAAAAAGCAGAGUGGUUUACCAAGCAAAUGGGGAAAGAAACUUCCACAUAUUCUAUCAACUUUUGAAUGGAGCUUCAGAUGAGAGACUCUCCAGCCUUCACCUGACCAGAGAUAUCAGUCAGUACCAAUACAUGAAGCAGGGUGGAGGUAAUCAGCACUCUCACAAGUCACAAGAUGAUGUUGGCCAGUGGAAAAUUAUGGAACAUGCCAUGGAUACAUGUGGAGUGCAGGCUGAAGAAAAGAAGCAUAUUCUGUCAACUGUUGCUGGCAUUUUGCAUCUUGGGAAUGUGGAGCUUGAAGAAGGACCCAACAACUAUGCAGAAGUUCCUGCCAAGAGUAGGGAUGCCUUGUUGAAGGCUGUUCAGCUCUUUGGAUGUGCAGCAGAUGCUUUGGAGAAAGCCCUGACCCACAGGACAAUUGAAGCAAGAGGAGAGUUUGUGACUACCCCUUUGAACAAGGAGCAAGGUCUGUAUGCCAGGGAUGCCCUGGCAAAGGCAACCUAUUCCAGAGUCUUCACUUGGCUGGUGGGAAGGAUCAACAAUGCCCUGAGGGUAGCUGAAGAGACUGCUGCUGCUCCAGGGCUGGGCUCCAAG